CCAUAUUCAUUAGAGCCGUGUAACACACUCUCUGAUUAAGCUCUUCUUUCUUCAAAAGAUUUUGUUUUAUAGUGUUGCACUUUUGGUAACUCAAGGACACCUGGAUACAGAUUGAGAGACUCCAACAAUGAAAACUUUCAGCUCUGCUAUUGCAGUCCUGUUGCUCAACACCUUCUACGCCUUUUCAGAAAUUCAACAUGAAGCUGUCUAUUUGGUGGGCUGCUUUGAGAAUGGCACAACUGAGGCACAAUUUACAUUUGACGCUCAGGAGAUUUUAUACGUGGAUUUCAAGAGAGAGGAAAUUGUAUACACUGUGCCCAAAUUUAUGGUUCUUGACCCACGUGAAAUGUUUAAGAAUAUAUAUUUGUAUAAAAAUGCUCUAAAAAACAAGAAAGUGUGUGAAGUAUUGGUGGCAGUGGAGGAGAAAGACGAGGUGAUACCAGAUGUGAAAGACCCACCUGAGAGUGUCCUCUACCCCUCUGAGGACGUUGAGCUCGGUGUUGAAAACAGUCUUGUCUGCUUUGUGAAUCAUUUCUUCCCACCUGACAUCAAAGUCCACUGGACCAAAAAUGGCCAUCCUGUGUCGGAGGGGGUGUCUCUGAGUCGAUAUUAUCCCAAUAAUGAUCAAACCUUCCACCUGUUCUCAACCCUGACAUUCAAACCAGAGGAGGGAGACAUUUACAGCUGCACGGUGGAGCACUCAGCCCUGGAGAAUCCUACAACAAGAAUCUGGGAACCUGACUUCAGUCAUCAUAGUCUUGGACUAAAUAUUUACUGUGGAGUGGGCCUGACUGUGGGCUUGUUGGGGGUCGCAGCUGGAGUAUUUUUAAUUGCCAAGGCACAAUAUGGACCGUAAUUUUCCUGUCUAAGAGAUUAUACAGAUUAAUUUGAUGAUGAUACAUAAAACAUAUGAUUUUGGAGUGCUCUAUUAUCAUCUUCUGUCAACAUAUUGCACAUUCAUGAAAUGAAAAAGCCAGUGUUCAGGUACACUUCUUCACCACGAGGAAGAACAAAAAAAACCAGAGCAGUUCAGCAGCUAUGAUUCAACAGAUUGUAUUUAAUAGGAGAAUAGAAAUUGCUAAUUAAAUUAAACAAUGCACCACGAAAUCAUGAAAUACUUCUAUGAGAGGUCUGAAUCUGCAGCUUCUGGCAUCGCAAUAUUGCCAUUUAUUCUAAAAUAAGGAAAUGCGGUUUAGGAAAUGUAGGAAGUUGGCUAGUUUCAUUAGGAUACUCUCAUAGUUGAUGGAAAUGUCAGAGAUAUAAACGAAGAACUGAAACUUAUAGCAGACACAAGCCAGCAUAUGUAUAAGGUCAAUAAUCAUGUGAUUAAUAUUGAAAUAUUUGACUGUUGUCAGAGGGUUAAAGCUGCCGAUACAAUAACAAUACUGUACAAUACUAUAACCUUAAAGGUCAUCAAUGACGUCAAGUCUGAGUGAAGAAAAUAAUUGUGGAAAUACCAUAAAUAUGUGAAAGCAAUAAGGAAUUUUUGCCUGACUCAGCAUUGAAGUCCUGAAAUUUCUACCAGCCUAGCUGAGGGUUUUUUCCAGGACAGUAGUUUUUUUUUUAAGGGGGCGUUUACACAUUGAAUGAAAAAGAGUCAAAUGUAUGGAAGAUCAUUUAUGCCAGUAAUAGGAAAAAACUGAAUAAAAGGUAGUUGUGAAAAUUCUUUUAAAAAUUGCUCAUAGUAAGUCAA